CAAUUGGAGUUCAACAAAAAAGGUAGCUUUUUCACAUUUGAAAGUCUGCUAAAAAAAAGAUUCCAAGCAGAGGUAUCUGCAGAAGUGGCAGCCACAGAUUUUGAAAUUUACACAACUCUUAGAAGCCUUUCACUUCAGGGUCAUUGCUCUCAUUCUCAUGGCAUGUGCCAUGGAACAAUCUUCUUGUAGGUAUGAUGAACCAGAGUUCAGUCUGCGGGAAUGGAGCGUCAAGGCUCGAAUCAGCCACGAAAACACCGCUUCGAGACGAUAUUCGGGGUCGUAUAUCCGGAGUUUCAGAGAGGAUUCGAGGUCUUUUAGAUCAAAUAUAAACAUUUAUAGCACUGCUUCAUCUCCUGGAUAUUCUUUGAAAGAUGAGAUUGACCCUUCAACAUACUCUUUUACAACAGCUCUUAAAGCACUGCAGGCAAGAACAGUGUACAAUACUUGGGAAUGUUUGUCACCAGAGGAGUUUGCUCUGAACUCCAAGUGGAACGAAGCAGAGAAAUACAUUUGCAACCCUCUUUCAGGGGAGGUUCCAAUGGAAUGUUUAUCUGCAAAGACACUAAGUGGAAGGUCGUUUCGGAACUUUACAAACCGAAUCACCAUGUCUGCUCCUCUUGUUUACUCCCAUUCAUCCUGUCAUAUUGCAACCAAGUCUUCCAGGACACUUCAGUUUCCAGAAAAGAAGGCUGGGAGCUCGACUCGAGACGUGGGAACUCAAAGCACACCCCCUGAUCUCAGUUCGGACAGCCUUAGCCCUGCUUCGACCCCUUCGAUCUUAGACCGAGCAUUGAAGAGUCGCGGGACGGAAACCGGAGACUCGACCGAUUCCAACACGAAAUCGAAAGCUGAUGAAAAUGUUGAAGAGGGGAAAACAAGGGAGAAUGAAGAAACAAAAGAAGGAGUUAAACAAGAUGGAGGGUGUUUAUCAUGGAUGAGAAUAAGACAAAGAAGGAAGCAGAAAUCGAAGAGGAAAAGUAGCUUGUGUUUUGACCGAGUUUAGAGACGGCUAAAGAUGGUUAAAAAAAAUAACAAAAUGGGUGUGGGAUUCUCUUUAUGUUUCCAUUUGUGAAGAAGAGAUUGAUUAGACUCAGAAACUGUGUAAUGGCAGUUUGUUUGGGGUUUGGGAGUUUUGUUGUAGUUAGUGUGGAUGAUUGUGAUGUUUAUGUUUUGUUUCUUGUCCUUCAUAGCAUACCAUAAAACAAAUAAACAAUGGCUGCCAGCUCUCCCUCUCUC